AUGGCUUCUUCCAAAUCCUCAGUGAUAGCUCCCGGCGGUUUCCAGCCGAUCCCGGACGUGAAGAACAACAAGCAUGUACAGGAGCUUGGUAAGUUUGCGCUGACAGGGUACAACAAGGAGCACCAUGAUGAAGCAGUAGCUCUAGUGUUCGUCGAGGUGGUGCAGGCUCAGAGCCAGGUGGUGGCGGGAACAAACUACAAGCUGCUGAUCAAGGCCCUCAAAGCGGGGUAUGUCAAGCACUACAAAGCUCUUGUGUAUGAGAAGCCAUGGGAGGAAGUCAAGACCCGGGCAUCGUUUGAGCUUGUGUUCCCCUGA